CAUAGGAAAUACACUCGCUAUAAUUUUUUGGGAGCUGCCUCGUCCUGCGCCGCCGACCAUAGUUGUUUUUCCGUCUCCGUACAGUGUGGAUGAGGCUGCUCACGGAGCUCCUGUCAUGUAAUGUACCUCUCCGUGGUCACUGACGGGUUCACGCCAGUUCACCGGGUUCACUUGAGGAGAGCUCCCACCCCCUGCUCGCCUCCUCUUCUUCUCCAAACGCAGCCAUCGGAGCUAAUCCAAUAUUAUUCAUUUAUAUAUUAAUGUCGGAUUCCAUUUUUGCGCGCCGUCUGCUGAGGAUCCCUGGGAGCUGUUAAAGUUUUUGUCCAUGUGACAGGACUCCUAAAGUGGCAGAAGGCAUGAAGCAACACUGUGACAUCAUAGUGGCUGGUCCAUGACACUAAAGUCCAUUCAACCCUCUCCACUAUCCACCCGCCCUCUGUUCUCAUCAUACUGGACAACCAAUCACUCACUCUCCCAUCAUCUACACAAAGCUGCACAAUGGCCAGCAAGAGGAAAUCCACUGUACCCUGCAUGAUACCAUCCAAAUCCAAACAUGUGCGUGAGGAAAUCAUACUGGGCUCUCUACCAGAACUCCUACCAACGAUCCCAGAAGAUAGCAUACUCAGCAUCUCUGGAGAGGAUUCUGGCCACUGCUCUAACAGCUCCUCCAAAUCUGAAUGUGGCAACGAGAUGCAGAAAGGAGGUUCAUAUAGCUGUCCAACCUGCCGCUUUGAGUCCAGAGAUCUAAACUACUUUUUGGAUCACAUGCACAACUGCCACUUAGACUUCAGGGCUCAGCCCACUUUCUACUGCCUGAACUGCGGGGUGUCAGUUGUUCGCUUUGAGGCUCUGGCUCUUCAUAAUGCUAAUGCCCAUCCAAAGAUAAUGGAGGGCCUGGUCACUGCCUCCCUAAGUGUCAACAAGAGGGAUGGAGUAACGACCGUGGAGCAAAGCCUUUUCACAGACAGUGGAGAAGACUACAAAGAAUCUGGAAUCUCCCUCACCAAAACACCAAUUGCAAAGAUGAUGAAAGCCAAGGGGGAGCACAAAAAGAUUGUGGUUUCUCAUACCGUUGAGGUACGGAAGAUAGACACUGGAAAGGAUGUAGACCCCAGCAUGCUGAAAAAUGUGCCUGAACUCCAAAACGGGGCUCUCAGUGUUUCUGGUGCCCCAGCUAUGCCGAGGAACACUGUCACUCAUGUGAUUACCAAGACAGUGUCCAACCAAGUCUUUCACCAGCACACUCCCUCCCUUUACUCUCCCCCAUCCUCUAAUUCCAUAAAGGACCUUCCAAAGGUGAUGAUCCCCCUUAGCAGCAUCCCCACCUACGAUGCCGCCAUGGACACCAGCAGCUUUCUCAAAACAUCCUUUGGCAAGUUUCCCUACCCGACCAAAGCUGAGCUCUGCUACCUAACGGUGGUCUCAGAGUUCCCCGAAGAGCAGAUCAAACUGUGGUUUACUGCCCAGAGACUCAAGCAGGGCAUAAGCUGGUCUCCUGAAGAGAUUGAAGAGGCCAGGAGGAAGAUGUUCAAUACGGUGUUCCAGGGUGGAGCACCUCAAAAACAGCCUGCUACACCUCGGCAUGUCAAUCACAUUGUAACCCACCAUACUGUCACUGCACAUCCAGGCUCAAAAGGACCAAACUACCCAAUGGCCAAAGUUCCCUAUGGCAGUAUAAAAACCAGGCCUGUUGGAAUCACAACGCAAGCUAGCUUGUCAACCAACCCUCAUGUCACUAGGGUCUCAUAUUCUACUCCAAUCAUACCCCCAAAGUUUCCAUCCAUUGUCAGAACAUCACAGGUACUGACCAGGAAUACUCAACCCACUGUGGAGCCAGACAAAAGCAAUGGGCUAAGUCUGGACAUGGCUGUAAACAGCGGUUGUGUCAGUAGCACCAGCAGCAGUCGAAGUAGCAGCAGCAUCAGCAGUAGUAAUGGUGGUGAGACUUUCAACAGGAAACCAGUAACCAACAGCAGCCCCACUAACAGCAUCGCCACUUGCUCUGCCAACAUUAGCAAUAAUGAUGAGCACUGUGUUGCUGAUACCAACGGCAAACCAAAUGUCAAGAGUGACAGUUCGCCAACCGAAUUGGAAGGUCCAAAUAGUAUCAAGAGUCAAGAGAUCACUGAGAACACCAGCAAAUCCAACAUCACCUGUAACAAUCAUGACAGUGGCACUAUCAGUCCACAAGAGCAGGCCCACAACUCAAAGUCUGAUGAUGAACACAACAUUCACAAAAGCACCAACAGCAGUGUUAACAGUGAGUUCCCCAGUACCACCUGUAAUGACAGUGUCCCUAACCUGAACCAUGCCAGCAAAUCCCCAACUGAAAGCACCAGCACUACUGUCAUUACAAUAAGCAACGUGUCCACUUUAGAUGAGGGUAAAUGCAACAAAGACUUUCCUAUAAAAGGCAUGUCAAUCCUACAACAACUCAUUAAGGAGGAGGAUCCAUUUGCAGGAGAAAAUAACUGUCCAGAACUGAAAGUCGACCCCAUCAAGAUCAACUUCAAGAGGCUGAAGAUGAAUGAAUCUGAGGCUAACUCUGAGACUGUACAAGAAUUCAAGUCAAGUGAGAUGGCUGAGGUGACUAAAUCCCAGCCAUCAUUCUCAGUCCCAUGGAGCAACAAGACCCCACAGCAGUUGCACAUACUUCGACAGGUUUUCUCUAGCACACGCUGGCCCAGUAGUCAACAGUAUGAGGAGUUAAGUGUGCAAACAGGCCUUCCCAAGUCGGAGGUAGUCCGCUGGUUCAGCGACAGCCGGUACAGCCACAAGAACGGGCAGCUAAAAUGGCUAGAGACCUAUCAGCGACUGCCUGAGGAAGUCAGGGGUCAUGGGAAUGCUGAAACUGAGUUGCAGAAGGACCCUCCAAUGGACAAAAAGAAAUUUGUUGAGCAAGAAAUGAACAAGCACCUUGAAGGAGAAGCAGGACUGAACUCAGGACAGCAGGUUGUUUGGCAGGAUUCAUAUUCACCGCUGCUGGGGCUGAUGGGAUCCAAGGAGAGCGCCAUGGGAGGAAGACCUGGGGAGUCGGCGCAGAUGGGAGUCUUGCAGGAUCCUUGGUCAGAGAGAACGGAGGACCACCAGCAGCCAGUGGGCAGUCAGUCACUCAUUGAACAACAGACUGAUGCCAAUCAGGCCAGGGACCGCCUGAGGAUGGAGCUGCUGGAGGUGUGAUGAAGAAGGCCCGUUUUCGCCAGAGGAACAUGAUGUUUCAAAGCUGGCGUGCUCCCUGGCCGUGGUCUAAAAGAGUGUUCAUAAUGACAGCAGAUGUGAUUGUAGCUGGACCGUUGGACUCUGACUGUAACUGUGAAUACCCCCCACCCCUCCUCCUCCUCCUCCUCCUCCUCCUCCUCCUCUUCCAUCUGCCAUCACUUCCUGCCAUCGUCAAAAGAAAGAACUUCUCACCUUUGAGUCCUGUGAUGUUUAAGCCUUUCAUGCUUCUUUGUGGUUGUGUGGGGAGGGUGCACAAUGAGGUCAGUACGAGGGAUCAAAGAAAAGAAAGAGAAAAGACGCACACUGACUGGAAAACUGACUUGAAUAAGCGAAGAUAGGGUAGGAUAGGGCCGAGAGAUAUUGUUUCUGGGUCAGAUGGAGAAAUAUAUAUAUACAGUAUAUAUGAUCGAAUCUGCACUAUAAGAGGAGGUUUGUACUGACUGGACAAACGAGACGUGUCGAGGAAAUGUUAUUGUUGGCUUUGUGAUAUUUUUUACUUUUUUAGCAACCAGUACUUCAGCACUGCCUUGAAUUUUACUUUUUCCGUUAUUUGGUUUUUCAAUUCUAUUUACUCUUCUAUAGUCACUGUAAGUCCAGAUGCAAUCAAACAUGUUUUAUUUAGAUCUGUAUAAAUAUUGGUGAUCACUUUGCAGUUCAGCUACACGCAAGAGACUAUAUACAAUGCACUAAUGAAGACAACAAUGCUAAAAGUCACACUGCCCCACAGUAAAGGUAUUGACUGCUCUGUCAGGAUCAAUACACUACACUGCCCUGCAAACUGAACAGAGAGAAGCCUGUCACGCUAACGUUGCCUUACUCAGCUCUGUCCAUGUGUUUAUAUGACCUGUCUGUCCAUCACCUUGCUUUCCAGCUACUGUGCUGUCCUAAGAAAAAAAAAAAGAAAAAAUAACAUGCCAGUGCAUCGAUGGUCACUGUUGGUCUAUAUCUGUGAAAAAAAAAUCUUGUGCUGCUUUCUGUACACUUGGAGAUGUUUAAGCUGUAAUCGUAUCAACUAUUGUUACUGGCAAAAUGUUGUUCAAGCGAAAUUAUCAAUUUGAUCCCUAGGCACUGACAGAGUGAGAUAUUGUGCUAGCUAGAGAGCCAAAUGAGGAGACCUUCGCUCUCCUCUGAAUUUUCUUGUGUUUAUAUAAACAUACAGUCACUACAUGAAUCCUAUUAAGCUGCAUCUUUGUCAAGCUGCUAAUAGCUAAGAACGGUGCUAUACCAUCCAAAGUGAAAUUGGAGGUUGAUCUCCUACCAGCAGUGUAUGCACUUGUGUCGAAUGUUACAAAUUUAUUUUGGUUUGAGAUAAAUGGAAUCUGGACUUACGGUGUUAUGAUCACUUAAAAACUUUUAUGAAAUAGUCUGAUCAUAAAGCACUGUUGUAUCAUCCUUUCUACACUUAUGAAUCUUUACAGAAUAAACCGAAUACUCACCAAGCA